CUUACAGAAACUUUUGUACCAAAAGACGAAACAAACUUUUCAUUGUUAGCAAGACCAAAAGUUGUUCCAGACAAAGUUCUAGUACAAAAGAAGUACACAAUUCCAAAAGGAGUUGGAUUGUUCGGAUACCAACCUGAACCAGAAGAACUUCCAAUGAGGUUGCAAGAACUUCAAGAUGCUAUAAACAAACUUCCAUUGAGACAUCCAAUUGACGUCAAAUUGUAUUGGAGAGCUUCUGAGUUAGGUCAGAAGGUUUUAUAUGAAACAGGUUGCUUCGACGAUGUUUAUGAGAUAACAGGAGAAGUUUCUCAGAAGAUAAGAGACUCACUUGAAUUUCCAAAAACUGGUCCGAUUGGAUGCGACAAGUUCGACUCAGAUGAAAAGAUAUACUAUGUCGACCUUAACGCUGCAUACAUGAGGUUUGUCCAAUAUAUCCCGACUGGAAUUCCAAACGAAGACGGUGAGUUCCCAGGAAGGAACUAUACAGUUGGAAAAGUCAUACAACAACUGUAUGAUAUUAGGAAAGCUUCAAACCCCAAACUUGCAAUGACACUCAAAUUGCUUAUGAAUUCGACAUGGGGAUAUUCCAUUAAGAAACCUCAAGAGAUGAAGAGUAAACAUUAUGAGAAGGUCGACAACUUUGUUGAAAGGUUUUCUCCUUUUGUUUUGAAGUACGAAUUCACUCAAGGUCAAAGUGGCUUAGUAACCACAUUAAAACCUAUUGUCGAACAUUGGUCCUAUCCUCAGUUCGCAAAGGCAGUCCUUGACAACUACAACAAAUUCUUCUCCGAAGUCAAAUCCAAAGUGAAGGUUUACUAUGAGAACAUUGACGCACUCAUGACGAACGAAGAAGGCUAUAACAAACUCAUUGAAAUGGGAAUGGUCGGUGAAAAGAUGGGUCAAUUCAAAUUGGACAAAAUUUUCACCGAAGUUCAUGUCCUCUCCAAGCGUAAGUACUGGGGCAUACUUGAAGACGGCACAGAAAUAAAACAUUGCAUGAAGUAA